AUGGCAUCCCAAACCAAAAAGGCCCCACCAGAUUCCAAAAGAGCAGUAUUGAAAAAGCAUGACUCCUCUUUUAACUUACUUCAGGGCAAAUCCCAAAAUGCUACCACUAUUUCAAAACCAAAAUCUUACCAGGCAUCACAGAAACCAAAACAGGACAAAUCAAGGACAGCAGACAGGAAAGAAACAGCAAGUGACAAUACAGUGAAAGAAGGUUUUGACAAAGAAGCAGAGCAGCAGUUUGAAAGGAUGUUACAAGGUAAGACAACAGACAACAUCCCACAUAUUCCUAGAUCUAUUGUUUGUGUCUCUAUCAGCUCAACAUGCUCAGACAUGCGGGCAGAACGGAAUGCAAUAGUACGUGAGGCUACACCAAAGCUGCGUGACUUCUGUGCAGAACAUGACCUAGACUUUCAGAUGGUAGACAUGAGGUGGGGUGUGACCGACGAUAGUCAAAAUGACCACACUGUGGAGAAGAUUUGCUUGCUGGAGGUGGAAAACUGUCAGAAAAUCUCCCUGGGACCUAACUUUGUGCUUAUUAAAGGAUCCAGAUAUGGCUUCCGUCCCAUCCCCACUGAACUAUCUACAGAAGAUUUCACACUGCUUACUAAUUACACCACCAACCCUGAACAUACAAAGUUGCUGAAAACCUGGUACCAAAGGGACGACAACAGUAAACCUCCACAGUAUGUCCUUCAGCCAAUCAGGUCACAGUUCACAUUUUUUGGAGAUUACUCACCAGGAUGCGAGGAGAAACGAAUCAAAGACACAAACAACUGGCACCAAACUUUUGAACAGUUACAGCUAAUCCUCAGACAUGCUGCCAAGGCUGCUGCGGAGGCAGGGAAAAUGUCUCCUCAAGCCCUACAAAAGUAUUUCCAGUCUGUAACAGAGAAGGAGAUUAAGACAGGAUUACUAGAUGUCAAUGAUCCAGUCGCCCACACUGUUGUUUACUGUCGAACUUUGACUGGGGUUAAAGAGGUAUCUUUGGCAGAGAAAAAUAUCAAACGAUACAUUGAUAUCAAAGAUGAAAAUGGCAAGCUUGAAGUUGAUAAAGAAGUAGAGAGUCUACAGAAUGAACUUUACAAGAAAAUAUUGAAGAAACUGAAAGGUUUAAACCGUCGUGAGUAUGGAAUUCCCUGGAUAUCUGGAGGUAUUGACCCAAACACGAACGAACAUCAUGCAAACUACAUAAGUAGCUUCUGUAACGACUUCCUCUCCGACAUGAAAGUGUUGAUAGAGGAAGCAAUGUCCGACUACCUCCCAAAUAUUCGCUGGUCUGAGUGGUACACUGAUUAUGCAGAGCUAAUUCACCAUCUCCAGUUCUGUAAUACAAAGUGUGAGACGUUCUGUGGGCAGACUGAUGUUCUUAAAAGUGUCCAGUCUUACAUCCUAAUGGACACAUCACGUAAGCCUCUAGUCAUUCACGCUCCUUCAGGGGCAGGAAAGACAUCCAUCAUGGCCAUGAUCAUGAAAAAUCUGUCACCCUGGUUCAAAAGGAAAAAGCAUGUUGGAGUUAUUCGCUUCCUUGGCACAAGUCCUUUGAGCACCAAUGUUUAUAAUGUUUUGUUUGGUGUGUGUGGACAACUAGCAGACAUUGCCAAUAUCAUUAUGGAACCAGUCUCUUAUAAGAGCAUGAAAAAUUUAGUGGAAUAUGUGCCAAGAUUUCUGCGGCGUGUUGCUAUGGCAAUCAAAGAUCCAAUUGUCAUUCUUCUAGAUUCUUUAGACCAGUUGACACCCGACCAUGAUGCAUAUUCUUUGGCAUGGCUACCUAUCACACUGCCCUCAAACAUGAAACUGAUUGUGUCCACAUUACCAGAAGAACACAGCAUCCUUGACACCCUUAGAGACAUACUGCCUGCUGAUCAGUGUUUUGUGGCAGUUCCCCCACUCUCAAUAAAAACGGGCAAUGAGAUAGUGAGUAAAUACCUUGGUAAGAGGAAGCGAUCAUUGACUGACAAACAACUCAAGUUCCUUCUAUCUUACUUCACAAAGAGACCAGGACCACUUUAUCUGAAGUUGCUGUUGGACGAAGCAGUAAAGUGGAAUUCUUACACACCUGAACAUGAUCAUGUUCUGACAGAUACUGUCUGAAGUGCUAUCUCACAGUUAUUUCAGAACUUGGAGGUUAAGUUUGGAAAGGUAUUGACAAAUCAUGCCCUUGGUUAUAUCACUGUUGCCAUGAAUGGUGUGUCAGAGAUAGAGAUGGAAGAUGUCCUCUCCUGUGAUGACGAGGCUCUCAAUGAUGUUUACCGUUACCACGAUCCACCUGUAGAGGGCAUAGUACGUAUACCUCCAGUACUUUGGGCUCGUCUUCGUUAUGAUCUUAAGGAAUAUCUUGUGGAGAGAAGGUCUUACAACAAGUACACAUUAAACUGGUACCACAGACAGUUCACUCAGGCUGGCCGUACAUUGUACACACAGGGAAAAGCUGGGGAAAAACUUCACAGGAACUUCUCUGAAAUCUUCAUGCCCCAGUCAGUCAGGCGCAACAUUGAGCUUAAAUGGAGGAAAAAAACUAUAGUUGAUGCUGACAGACAAAUCACACCACAGGCGAUGGUGAGCAAGAACAAGAGAAUGCUGUCUUGUCUGCCGUACUACAUUAAUAAUGCCAAAGAGAUGAUCUCAUCAGAUCUUGCUAAAGAGAAAUGCUACUGCAAUUUUCAGUUCCUCAAAGCAAAGGUUGCUGCUUUUCCUCUGACAGCACUUCAAGAGGACCUAGCAAUGUUUGUAAAUAGAACAGAGGAUGAAGAAGUUCAGAGGCUCAGAUACUUCUUUUCAGCUUGCAAAAGAGAGGAAAUUGGUAACGCCGAUAAAUUCGCUGUCAGUCUGCUUGCUAAAGUAUCACCGACAGAAAGAGAAGUCAACCUUAAGAGAUUACUGAGUGCAGCUCUAGAACACUUACAAUCUCAAAAUAAGCCUUUGCUUAUUCCGAAAUAUGCCUGUAUGGCUCUUGGUGCCGACACUACCAGUGCAAUGCAAGACAUGCUGAGGAGCUGUGAAGAGAUCAUGGACGUAGGUGGGGAUUCUGUUCUAUUACGUUUGAGUAGAAUGGAGUUAGAUAAAGAGAACAAAUAUCAACAUGCAGUGUAUAGUGUUAUCACUGAAGAGCAACAAGAAGUCAGUCUACCGAAUUUAUUCAACAAUGGACUGCUACCAAAAGUAGAUCGAGCUAGCAAGUAUAUAUAUCACAUUGAGAACGGUCGAAUGAAUACUGUGAAUCUAUUCAGAAAAACUACUAUGAGCAAGACGCUAUCAGAGGUGUCCCCGAAAAUGUCAGGAAAGACCAACCCUGUCAUGUCGGCGUUCGACACUGAACCUUCACACGUUGCCCUUCUGUUUGAUGAUAGUAGUAUUCUGGUGAUCGAACUCAGUACCAUGAAUCCGGUGAUAUUGGCGACCUUAUCCGAAGACGCAUCUGAUGUUUCCAAUUUGGUGUGUACUGGCUGGGACAGUCCCACUGUCAUAGCAACAGGCAUUUGUAGAGACACAGGGGAGGACAAGAAUGAUAGUGGAUUCGUUCGAAUUUUCACAACCUCUGACAAAGGCAAGGAUUCUCAAAUGAAAAUACCUGUUUCAUUCUCAAGUGGUCUAGUACAUUUGGGAGCAUCAGAAGACUUUCUUGUUGGGCUCUGUAACACUGAUAACUCGUGCACGCUGAUUGCUAUCAAACUAGAGGAGUUUACCAAAGUGAGUGAAAUAUCUCUGCCAGAUGUGAUGAUUCAGAUGUCUGUUGCUAGAAAGCAACGUUUGGCUGUGGUCCUGUCCCAAAAAGGCGUUGCCACCUUAUUGAACUGGGAAGAGCAGACGGUCCUAAACGUGCUUUCUACAAACGAUCCAGCAUCGUGUUUGUAUGUCAACUGGUCACACAAACUGGCAACGAUUGGAGACUCUCAGGGGCAAAUUGUGUUAUACGACAUACACACAAACAGCCACUGCGGCAGAUUCCUUGCCCAUGAAGGUGGCAUACAACAACUAAUGGGCGCAGAUGAUCAUAUCUUUUCCCUUGGCACCAACAAAGAACUGAAAAUCUGGUCAGUGCCUACCCUUAGACAGAAUACAGAUCAAACUAACAACCCGAGAAGUAUUGCAAGCAGUAUCGGUCUGCUUGGCCAAACUGAGGUAGCCAGUGUUGACAUUACCUUGGACAGUCUUGAGCUUCUGACAGCAUCUCGGGAUAACACUAUUAGCGUUUGGUCAUUUCCUGAUAUGGUACUGAAAACUGUCUUUGAUAUUGGAAUCACGGGGAAUAAGAUUCAGGUGAUUUCCAAUGAAAUAUGUGUGGCUUUAGAUAAAAACAAAAAGGAAAUGAAAAUAUUUAGAUUAAAGAAUGGUGAGAGCGCUGUUGACUAUGAUCUCCCAAGAGGUGCACUGGACUUCACUGUUAAUCAGGACCGUUCACUCAUGUGUAUUAUUUGUCAGAAGGAGAAGGGACAUAUGAUUGACGUCAUGGAUCUUAAAGUCCGGCAAUCAAAGAAAACGUUUUACCUGAAAGGUGUCCCUGAAUAUGCAGCUAUUGAUAUCAGUCUUAGUGCAAACAGUAGAUAUGUUUUGAUACGUACAAAAGUGACUGACGAGUACUUCAAAGUUGUAGAAGAAACUUGGAAGAAGGAAGAAUCCUUCUACCAAAAACCCCGCCGCUAUCGCUUUAGUGCAGCAGACCUGACCCAAGCCACAGGUGGAGUUGUGCAUUGCUUGAGAAGUGUGACCAAGUUUCCUCAACUAGGAGAGGCCAUGACAGCCUUUCAAGGGAAUGUUGUUAUGCUUACAGCGCGGCGUUGGGUGUUAUUCUGGGACAUCCCAACUGGAAAAUGUGACAAGAAGAUGAAUAAAGUGGAUAGGAAAGGAAUGAUGUCUCGUCCAGAAUGGCUUGGCCAAGACGUCACCAGCACACCUUUGACACUUGUCCAGAGCAACAAUGGGAAGUAUUUGGCUUUAGGGACAGAGGAGGGUUAUCUCUUCAUCUACGUCGCCGAUUCGGGACAGCUUGUAACGAAGAAGUCUUCGUGUUCAAAACACACUACCGCGGUUACACUGACUAUAUUUUCACCAAAUAGUGAAUGGGUGACCUCUGCUUGUCGUAACAAUACUGUCAAGAUUUGGGAAGCCUGUUCAGGGAAGGAGAUGUUCAGCAUUAAGGCCAAUUUCGAGGUAGUCAGCAUGGGAUUCUCAGCCAACUCUCAGACCCUUGUAGUAUCCAUUGGAUCCAAAAUCUCAAGGAUACUACUCUAUACUCUCCAUACAGGCUGUUAG